AUGCAAAUGCUGCAGAGCUCAAUGUCAUUGGGACUGUCAGCGUCUCCGGUUCGCGUCGUCAAGUGUUCUUUGGUCAGGGCUCCGAGCACCACCGUCAACGAUCCCAAUUCAAUGGCAGCAGCUGGUCCCAAGUGGGCCCAGAAGACCAUAACUCUUCCUCCGCAGAGGAGGGGUUGUCAUCUCAUCACCCCUAAGAUAGUGAAGGAAAUUGGCCAGGAAUUGUCAGAUUUCAACUGCGGCCUUGCACAUCUCUUUUUGCAGCACACUAGUGCUUCUCUUACUAUCAAUGAGAAUUAUGACUCCGAUGUUCGUGAUGAUACAGAGACAUUCCUCAAUAGGAUAGUUCCUGAGGGGACAUCUGCACCAUGGAAACAUACCCUUGAAGGCCCAGAUGACAUGCCGGCACAUAUUAAAUCAUCAAUGUUUGGCUGCACACUGACGGUUCCAAUUACAAAUGGAAAGCUUAACAUGGGAACUUGGCAGGGAAUAUGGUUGUGUGAGCAUCGUGACUAUCCUACUGCGCGGAAAGUUGUGGUCACCCUUAAUGGAAUGUGA